AUGGACACAUUCUUCCGGCGUCACUUUAAGAGGAAGGAAGCUGUUCUUCAGAUGGAUGCAGAGGCUAAAUCCUGCCGCCAGCGGAGGCCCAGCGUUGCGGUGCCGACCAGUAGGGCCCGCCGCAGGUCCAGUGUUGGGCUUCCUUCCUCCACCCUGACCCAGCGGCGGCGGUCCAGCGUCCAGCUGCAGACCGGGCUACCGUGUGCAGACAGGGGGUGUUUGGCAAAGUCAUCCAGGAAUACUGGGUGGGCGGGGCAAGCUCGCAGGCGCUCCAGCACCACCACCCCAAGCCUCAACCCGAGGUUCGCCGUGCGUCGCAGGAAGUGUGGGAAGCUGCGAACCAUCGACACUCACCUUCUGGGGCCUUCCAUGUUGCUUGCCAGUCUGAUCCAGAUGACUGAGGAGGAGGAGGAAGGACUGGGGGCGGGGCUACCUGCCGGGGAGCAGCAGGUGGAGGUGAGGGGAGGGGCCAACAACAGUAGGAUCUUUUCCCGCUCCAGCAGUCUCCAAUCAGACGGUGACGAUGAGGGGGGCGAUUACUUCGCUGCCAACGACAGCCAAUCAGAAUCCAGUCAGCUGUCAGAUGUGGAGCAGCUGGACGAGGUGGACGAUGUCUCCUGGUCCCUUGAUCCACAGUUGUCUCUGUCCUCAACCGUCCUGGAGGUGAUGAGAAAGACGCCCCAGCUUACCCCGGCAUCGCGGCCCCUGAUCCGGGCCCCUCUCUGCCUCCGGAGGAACUCCUCUCAGGUGUUUGCAGGAGACACUGCUCCUUACAGCCGCCACCGCGCCUCCAGCCAGAGGAAGAGGAGGAGGAUCUCCACCAUAUCCAAAACUGGGCCUGGAAGAGGCCCCCCACCGACCAGCUGCAGGACUUCAGUCUACUACCUCAACCACCAGGCCUUCUACAGGGGCCCCGGAGCCCUCAGUCCAAUGGGGGCCAACAACUCCCACCUGGAGAGCUGGAGUGCCUUCCUGCUGAAAGCUAUUGCGAAGUCGGGCCUCCAGCACGUGGCCCCUCAGCCCAACGUGUCCUCAUCUGCACAGAGCGACCCGCCGAGGGAGCCCAGCAGCACCGUCGACUGGAGCGAAAACGCACAGUUUGGGGAACACAUCUGGUUCGAGACCAGCGGGUCUGGAGACUUCUGUUAUGUUGGGGAGCAGUACUGCGUCGCUAAAUCACUGCAAAAGUCUGUAUCGAGGAAGAAGUGUGCUGGAUGUAAGAUUUCAGUCCACACCAUGUGUAUGGAGCAGCUGGACAAGAUUAAUUUCAGGUGCAAGCCUUCGUUCAGAGAACCAGGAUGUCGAGCUGUUCGAGAGUCCAACGUUGUGCGACAUCACUGGGUCCACAGGAGGCGUCAGACAGGGAAGUGUCGACAGUGCGGGAAGGGAUUCCAGCAGAAGUUUUCAUUUCACAGCAAAGAGAUCGUUGCAAUCAGCUGCUCGUGGUGCAAACAGGCGUAUCACAACAAGGUGACGUGCUUCAUGCUGCAGCAUAUAGAGGAGUGUUGCUCUCUGGGAGCUCACGCUUCCGUCAUCAUCCCUCCAACCUGGAUCAUCAGGGGCCGCCGCCCACAGACGUCUCUGAAGUCCAGUAAGAAGAAGAAAAGAACGUCCCUGAAAAGCAACAAGUCGAGUAAGAAGGGAUCUGAGCUCCAAGAUGGCCGCUGGAAGCCCUUCCUGGUGAAGCCUCUGCCGUCUCAGCUCAUGAAGCCUCUGCUGGUGUUCGUUAACCCAAAGAGCGGCGGAAACCAGGGAGCAAAGAUCCUGCAGUCCUUCAUGUGGUACCUGAACCCUCGGCAGGUGUUUGACCUGACAAAGGCUGGACCCAGAGAGGGACUGGAGCUGUACGGCCAAGUGCCCAACCUGAGGAUCCUGGCCUGUGGAGGAGACGGGACGGUUGGAUGGAUCUUGUCAGUUUUGGACCAGUUCAGUCUUUGUCCUCAGCCUCCUGUGGCCAUCCUUCCUCUGGGGACCGGCAACGACCUUGCAAGGACUCUGAACUGGGGAGGGGGUUACACUGAUGAGCCCAUCACAAAGAUCCUGUCACAUGUCGAGGAUGGAGACGUGGUGCAUCUGGACCGCUGGAACCUGAAGGUGGAGGCAAACCCCGACGCUCGACCCGAGGAGCGAGACGGGCAUCAGACCGACAGACUUCCUAUUGACGUCUUCAACAACUACUUCAGUCUGGGCUUCGACGCUCACGUCACACUGGGCUUCCAUGAAUCCAGAGAGGCGAAUCCAGAGAAGUUUAACAGCCGCUUUAGGAACAAGAUGUUCUAUGCAGGGACGGCAUUCUCAGACUUCCUGAGUGGGACUUCGAAGGACCUCGCUAAGCACAUCAGUGUGGUGGUGAGUGGAGCUGACGAUGAUAACACUAACGUCAUGUUUCCUCAUGAUUGA